AUGGUCACUACAAAUGAUGAAAUUGAAAUUAUAAAAAAAGAAUUGCGUAAAAAACUUCCUCAAUAUCCAGCUAUUUUACUUAUUGGAAAUACAGGUGUUGGAAAGAGCACCUUGGGUAACUGGUUGUUAGGACAUCAUGGAGAUAAUGGGCCUUUUGAGACUAAAGCUUCGUUCGACUCCGUUACGUUAGAACCACAAACUGCAUUAAUCGAAAUUAAUGAUUGUAAAUAUAAUUUAAUCGAUACGCCAGGUUUAUUUGAUUUAAAGGAUGAUAGCAAAUCAGAAAUCGCUCUAACCAAACUAGCCAACACAAUUAAUCAUUGUUCAUAUGGGAUACAAACGAUUAUAUUUGUGGUAAAAAAAUCAUUUGGUAAAGAGAUUGAUAGGCGUAUUCAAGAAAUCAAAGGUUUUUUAGGUGAAAAAUCUUUGGAUCAUAUGUUGAUCGCUUUCACACAUUGUAAUAUGGAUCAAACUAUGGAUAGAAAAAUUAUGAAGGAUACCUUUACCCCUAAGAUGAAAGAUUUUCUCAAUCGUAUUGAUAAUAGAUGGAUCAUUUCACCCAAUCCUGAUCUAUUCAAUUUAGACGAUGAUAUUGUUUAUACUAAUAUUUAUGAAGCUAAGGAUAUUAUUGGUUCUUUCCCUGAAGCUUAUACCACCGAAAUGUUUAAUAGAGUGCGUAGAGCUCGAGAAGAUGCUGAGAAAGAGGCUAGACAACAUGCCCAAGAAGAGCGUAUGAGAUGUUUUGAAGAAGAAUUGGCAAAAAUUAGCGGAGCGGUAAAUAGUGCUGGUAGAAUUAGAGCUAAAAAAGAAGCUCAAGAUGCUUGCUUUUCCUUGGACACUGUUGUAACGUUAAAGGAUGGGAGAAAGAUUGAGAUGUCUGAUGUUAAAAUUGGAGAUCACGUCGCUUGUGGUGUAUAUAAUAAUGCUGGAAAUAAAGAGUUAAGAUAUUCGGAAGUUUAUUUAAUCGCUCAUUUGGAUAAACAUCAACAGACCGAAUUCUUAAAGGUUGAAUACAUCAAACCUGACGGAAUGACUGGAUCGUUGUAUUUAACUUCAGAACAUCAUGUGUUUAUUGAUAAUGCAUUUGAUUAUGCACGUAAUAUUCGUCCUCACACUUCACAAAUUCACGUUCUAGAAAACGGAGAGUCAAUUUCCGUAAAAGUAACAAAUGUUUCCAAGGAAACACGAAAAGGAUAUAUUGCAAUAUUUACACGUGUGGGAACAAUCAUUGCAAAUGAUGUAUUCUGUAGUUGUUAUUCUAAUUGUCCCCCGUAUCAAAAUACUAUUCAUUAUAUUUUGUCCCCUAUACGUUUUAUUACUUUAUUUCGUAAAUCCAAUUAUUAUGGUAACGAAAUCCAUCCUUACUUGAAAUUCCUUUACAAUAAUUAUCAAUACUUUUCUGGAGCUUUUAAAUACAAACUUUGUUAA